AAAAAUAUUAUUAAUGGAGGUCCGUGUCAACAAAAACACCAAAAAACUCUGCUUAAGUCAAUUAUCAAAACCUCAUUUUAACCUAUCCAAGAGUCUUCAGAGAGAAAUCUUGGCCAAGCUAGCUCCAGAUAAAAAUAAGCGCUUUCAAGUGUCGAACAAAAUGGCUCCCCAGUUCAUGCAGAAGUAUAGUUUAGCUCAACUCCCUUCAAGAACAAUUUGUAGAGAAGAAAUAAACGAUGAUAUUAAGGAUAUGAUAAACCAUAAUUCAGAGAGCCAGAAACCUAAAAGGAGCUUUCUGCCAAAAAGAACUCACAAAGUGUUGGCCAGCCACACCCACUGGCCAUUGGUAGAGGCUAAUGAAGCUGCCAUGCCUGAUCGUAAAAAUGAUUUAAAAACACCUGAAUUUCCUAUCCUCUCAGACCAAAUCCAAUCACGAAGAAACUUCAACAGUAGAAAAGGUAUCAGAAAGAUUGGAACGAUAGCUGAAGAAAAUCUUUCGAAUAUCCUGAGUGUGAAUUAUGAAUAUAGCACACCAGACAAGUACAUGUCACCAAAGUUUGGAAGUCCUUCCAACCAUAAUCUGAUGGACUCUCAGACUUCAGACAAUAAUAACAUGCUUCAUAUUCACUUGCAAAAUGAAAUUGAUGGAAAUAACCACGAGGUCUCGUUUGAUGGAAAAGAUAUACCACCUGCAGAGCUUGAAGAGAAUGCCCUUCAAAAUGAAAGCUCUAAUACUGAUCGAAUCAAAGGCAUCAUUGAGUUUAGAAAGAAGGAAAAAUCCUCUGAAAAACGGAAAAGAUUCUCCAGAGAACUAACUUCUACAACUUCUAAUAUUGCUUCGUUAAAUAUAACCCAAUUGAAACGAACAGGAGGGACUAAUAUUCUUCACUCGUUUCGAAAUCCUGGUCUGCCGUUUAAAAAGUUUCGGAUCAGAAAAUCCAAUAUCACAAAUAUUGAUCACAAUGACCCUGAAAUUGACAACAUUCUUAAUUCAAAUUCAAGCAAUACUCGGUUUCCCCAGCUCGAUAAAUACAAAGAGGUUGUACGGAAAUGCCUCGCAGAUCCAGACUAUCUUCUAUCAAAAGAGUACCUCCAGAAUGAGCUUCACGAGAAACCGAUCCCAAGUGUUCACAAGAGUCAAUCCACUGGAAAAAUCGAGCCUAAAUAGCUCAUAUUUUGAGAAACAAGAGUGGAGAGAGCAGAUUAGAAACCUCAACUGUAUCACAUCUCUCAAUAUGACUAAAAAGGUGGCGAAAAAGAUCGUACAGAAAUAGAAGAGCUCUUUCCAUUGAAAAUCCCAAGUCUCGAGUAAACAAGAAUUUAGAAAAAGAAGCUGCUAGCCCUCCUUCAUUAAGGCCUAAGUAUAAGAAAAAGGCUGUCAAAAAUGUGCUCAUGAAGCAACCCCAGCCUAGUGAGAGAGCAACUAGAAAGGUAGCCAAGACACUAAAGAUAGACUCUAAGAACUCCUCAGGCGCUUGUCUUUAUAAAGAUAAGCUGAAAAAUAAGUAAAU